AUGGAUUUUGGAAGAAGAAGAACUCAAAAGUACACUUUCAAGAGUCCAAAAUUGGAGGAUUUGAGAGAGAUAGGAUCUCUAGUGGUUAAUCAUGAAGACCUCAAAGUCAAAUAUGGAAGACUUCUACCUCUUUUGAAGACCAAGAUGGUGGAUGCGGUUCUUGCUACAUUGGUUCAAUUCUAUGAUCCAUUGUACCAGUGCUUUAGCUUUCCAGAUUAUCAGCUUGUGCCUAUAUUGGAGGAGUUUUAUCACAUGAUUGGACUACCCAUUCCUGAUCAAGCCCCCUUUUCUGGUUUAGAAGAAAUUCCAAAGCAUCAAGACAUUGCAGAAGCUGCUCAUUUAAGGAUGUUUGAGAUCAAAGCUAAUCUGACUACAAAAGGAGGAAUUCUUGGUUUGCCAGCUAAAUUCUUGAUAGAUGAGGCUCGUUAUUUUGCUAGCAUGAAGAGUAUGGACGCUUUUGAGGCUAUUCUUGCCUUACUCAUCUAUGGGUUGUUCCUCUUCCCUAAUAUUGACGACUUUGUUGACAUUAAUGCUAUCAAAAUAUUCCUAAUUGGAAAUCCAGUUCCUACCUUGCUUGCAAAUGUUUACCAUUCAGUCCAUCUCAGGAAUUCUCAUAAGGGAGGAAUGAUCAUAUGUUGUACAACUCUGCUCUACAAGUGGUUUAUUUCACACUUGCCUCGGUCUACUUCCUUUUGGGACCUCAAGGAUGGUUUGAUAUGGUCACAAAAGAUUAUGUCUCUCACUCAUUCUGACAUUGAUUGGUUUGAUCGUGCUUAUGAGGGGGUGAAAGUUAUUGAUAGUUGUGGUGAGUUUCCUAAUGUACCUCUUCAUGGCACAAAGGGAGGCAUUAACUACAACCCAAUUUUGGCUUGCCGUAAAUUUGGAUACCCAAUGAAGGACAAGCCCAACACCAUCUUCUUAGAGAGUUUCUUAUUCAAGGAAGGAGAAGACAACAAAGCGUUCAAAGAAAAUAUUGUACAUGCCUGGCGCCACGUCCAUAAAAAAGGAAGAGAAGUUCUAGGGAAGCUAGAUUACGUCUCUUUGGAGCCUUAUCUCCAAUGGGUGCAAGCUAGGGUCGUCAGUUUGAAAAUGCAUUAUCCUCGACAAGAGCCUUUGUCUUUAACUGUUAAAGAACCUUCUUUUGUUUUCAUGACUGAUGCGGAGAAACUCAAGAUUACUUUGACUAUGAUGCAACGAGAAAAGGAUGCUUGGAAGAACAAGUAUCAUAUCGUCCACGCCGAGAAUGAAGAGCUUCAAAGACACUUGAAGAAAAGGAAUUAUGAAGAGCUUGCUAACAAGAAAAGGAAGGUGCAAGAGGAUUUAUUUUCCUCUAGCAUUAAGCCAGUUCCUGGUUCAGAUAAUCCUCCUACUUUAGGCGCUUCGAAGAUGAUUAUCGACAAGCUAGUGGUUGAAAAUACUCAGAUGAAGGACCGAAUCAAGGAGCUUAAUAUGAAGCUACAAAGAGGGAUUGGAUCUCCUUCUCAGCAACUUCCUUAG